CCAGAUUCAAGAUGGCGGCUUCCGGCUUCCCCCGCAGCGUCGCGCGUCCUCACCGAGGCCACGCCCACUUCCGGCUUCUCGUCCCUGGCAUGGCUGUAUUAGGUUGUCUCCUCUCUAGUGUCCGAAGGCUGCACUGCAGCGCGGCGUCCCUGGCCGGCGGCCAGUGGCGACUCCAGCAGGGUCUGGCUGCCAACCCCUCCGGCUACGGGCCUCUUUCGGAGCUCCCAGACUGGUCUUACGCGGGUGAGCGGUGACCGGACAGUUAACUCUACUAGGAGGUUUUCAUCCCGAGGGAACGCCCCUGAAUGGAGCUGGGUGGUGUCAAGGCGGGGCGGAGAGGGGUGCGUCAGAGUGGACCGCGUAUAAAACUUCGGAGCUGGGGAGGAAGAAGCCCUAUUUAUUUUGUAAAUUAAUUUACGCCUAUGGAAACUAAAGCUAGACAGCAUCUCCUUGGCUUGUGGGGAUAAUCAGAAGGUAAUUGUAACUGGGGGCACCUCCGGGGAAGGAGUGACAAGACUUUUACGUUUCUAAAAGGG